AUGAGGUGGACUGGUGCAAUUGGACAAGUGCCACAAGAGAAUGCCGGUUAUGGAGGAAAGGAUGAGUUCUCUGCUUUUAGAGAGUUUCGAAGGUGCAGUCUACCGACUUUUGAAGGAGAGUACGGACCGGACAAAGCACAAGCAUGGAUGAGAGAAAUAGAGAAGAUAUUUUUUGAAGGAGAGUAUGGACCGGACAUAGCACAAAAAGAAGUGAGAUUUCUGGAACUAAAACGAGAAAGAGGACAAUACCGUGGGAAACCGUAUGACAAUAAGAAGAAGCAGAAAUUUGGUUUUGGCGGUAAGCCAAGUGGAGGAGGAACAAGUGCUUCGAUUAAGUGCUACAAGUGUGGCAAGCCGGGUCACAAAGUUGUUGAUUGUGGAGUUAGUUUGGUUAGGACUUGCUACAGUUAUGGUGAGCAGGGACACAUCAAUGCAAUGUGCGACAAACCAAAGAAGGAGCAAGAGAAAGGAAAAGUGUUUGCGUUGUCUGGUGAUGAGGCCACUGCUAAGGAUAGGCUAAUCCGAGAGUAUCUUGGUGGAGAUUUUGGAAUUGAUCUAGUUCGCUUUCCACUAGACUAA